AUGGCGCAAAACAGGCAUUGGGAACAAGACAAAGAUGCGACUAUCUACAUCGGUAACAUCGACGAACGUGCGAGCCCGGCGAUGAUAUACGAAAUCAUGCUGCAGAUGGGCCCUAUUCACAACAUUCACAUGCCGCGCGAUCGUGUGACUCAGAACCACCAGGGCUUCGGUUUCGUCGAGUUCCGUACCCCAGGCGACGCGGAAUAUGCUGCCAACGUAAUGAACGGCAUUAAACUAUACGGCAAGUCACUGCGCGUCAACAAAGCCAGCGCAGACAAGCAGAAGCAAGCUGAGGUCGGCGCCGAGCUAUUCGUUGGUAACUUGGACCCCAUGGUCGACGAGAAGAUCCUCUACGACACUUUCUCGCGCUUCGGCCCCCUCAUCAGUCUGCCCAAGGUCGCGAGAGAGGACAGCGGCAACUCCAAGGGCUUUGGUUUCAUUUCUUACGCCGACUUCGAGAGUUCUGAUGCAGCGAUCGCCAACUUGCACGGACAGUAUAUUCUCAGCAAGGAGGUGUCUGUCCAGUAUGCCUUCAAGAAGGACGGUAAGGGUGAGAGGCAUGGUGACAAGGCCGAGCGUGAGCUGGCUGCACAGGCGAAGAAGAGGAACAUCGUCCCCGAGAUCCAAGCGGUCCCACCAGCCUUCUUGAUGAACGGCAACGGCCCGCCAGCUGGCGGCGUACCUGCUGCUCCUGCUGGUUUCGACCCCGCAAGCGGCCUGCCAGUCCCAGUCCCUACUCCCGGAGCCCCCGCCGGUUUCGCACCCCCACGAGGACCUGCACAGUACAACGCGGUACCAGCGCCUCCGAACCUGGGCGGUCCUGGUAUGGGACGCGGUACGGUUCUCCCGCCUGCACCGUCUGGUUUGCCUGCGCGCCCUCCCCAAGUCCAGAGCGGCUACACCAACCCCGCCGAUUUCCACCCCGGGGCCCCUGGCUUCCGCCCACCCAGCGGCGGCCCCCCUCCUCAAGGCUUUGCGGCGCCUCCGCCUAACUUUCCCGUUCCUCCUCCAGGACAAACCGGAACGCCCCCAGCUCCUCCUGGAUUCAUGCCGCCUCCGGGCUUCAACCCUCCUGGUUUUCCUAGGCGAUGA